CACAAAAUGAGUAAACUUACAUUGAUCCUAUUGCUAACCACCUGCAUAGCCGGGUCGCUACAGACUCCCACUGGCUGUCAAACUACCGACGCCUUGAUUGACUACAUUAAUAGUCUGGACACCACAUGGAAGGCAGGUAAAAACUUUGACGACUCGUACCCCAAACAAUACUUGAAGGGACUGUUAGGCGGACGCCGGCGCUCCACUCCGUACGCCAAACAGCCGGCUGUGAGCGAUGAGCUCGAGAUCCCGGAGUCGUUUGACGCCCGACAACAGUGGCCCGACUGCCUGUCCAUUAAGGAGAUCCGAGACCAGGGAUCGUGCGGUUCCUGUUGGGCAUUCGCUGUGGUAGAGGCCAUCUCUGACCGCAUAUGUAUCGCAUCUAAAGGCAAACAACAGGUGGAGGUGUCGGCCGAGAAUCUACUGGCCUGUUGCAGCUCGUGUGGGGUCGGGUGUGAGGGUGGUUACCCGGAAUCAGCAUGGUCGUACUAUAAAAACACUGGCCUAGUAUCGGGUGGUCUAUACCAGAGCAAAAAGGGCUGUCAGCCCUACUCGAUCAACGCGUGCGAACACCACGUGACCGGAAAGUUACCCCCUUGUGAUAAGGAGUUGAGACAAACCCCUAAGUGCGCCCAUACAUGCGAGACCGGCUAUAAUGGCACCUACACUAAGGACCUACACUUCGGCACCAAAGUGUACGGAUUCAGUAACCAGAACCGGGAGGUCCAGGCAGAUAUCAUGCAAAACGGACCGGUAGUCGCCACGUUUGAUACUUACGACGACUUCCUGACCUACAAGACCGGUGUCUACCAUCACGUGGGCGGUGGUAUCCCCGGCGGACACGCCGUUAAGAUUAUCGGGUGGGGUGUGGAGAACGGUGUGGACUACUGGCUGGUGGCUAACUCGUGGAAUGAGGACUGGGGUGACAAAGGGUUGUUCAAGAUUAAGAGGGGUAACGACGAGUGCAGCUUUGAAAGCGACAUAAGCGCCGGUUUACCCAAACUGUAGACUUGUUAUCAAUUAAAUAAAAAAGAUUUUUCAUUAAA